UAGACUGUUGAUGUUUGUCUGUUUUUUCUGUUUUCAGGUUCCUCCCCCUCCCCCUUUUCACACUCCCUCCACUAUCGCUUCAUGGUUGUGUCUGAGCCCGGCGUGGGGUUGCCCCAGUUCAUUGUCACGGCACACUUGGAUGGUCGACUCUUUGCUUAUUAUGACAGUCAGGGGAAGAAAGGGCAGCCUCGGGAGACCUGGAUGGAGGAGAUGAUCCAGGUGGACACCGAGUAUUUGGACUGGCUCAACCGAAAUGCCAGAAACACCGAGCACAUCCUGAAGUGGCAGAUCCGGACGGUGAUGGGUCGCUACAACCACAGCAGAGGGUUCCACACCCUCCAGUGGCUUUUCGGCUGCGAACUGAGCCAGGAUGGACUCAAGGCCGGGGUCAACAAGUUCAGCUACGACGGGAAGGAGGCCCUCAGCUUCGAGAAAGACUCCCUGACCUGGACAGCCUACGAUCCUGUUGGCCAGGAGUACAAAAGGGAAUGGGAGUCUGAGCCGGGACGCACCCAGCGCUCGAGACACUACCUGGAAGAGAAAUGCAUUGGCAUGUUGCGCCAACUUCUAAAAUCUGACAAGAAGGAGCUGCAGAGAAGAG